AUGAACUGGCUUAAGUCUACUCUCGCGAGCGUUGCUGGCACUCAGGAACCGAUCUAUGGUCCGGAGGCUAUCAGAUCGGUUGCCCAGCAGGCGCAAGAAACCCCUUACACCGAACUCACCAAGGAUGAUCUCCGUUGGCGUGCUCACCAAUAUACCAACGUCGAGACUCAUGUCUUCUAUGUCAUGGGCGACAAUGGUACCCUAGCACUGUGCCAGGUCAUCUACAGCAACAUUGUUGGAAUUCAUACUACCGCCCAGUUCACUUCCAAGAUCUUCAACCUCAAGGGUGACGCUCCCCACAACUGGCACUCCGACCCUCUCUCCAACUUCAUGUUCGACGAGAGCAUGCUUUCCUUUGGCGCCGACAACCUCGCCGUGACGCUGAAUGAGGAAGGAGAUACCUACACUAUCAAGUCGGCGGUGAAUGAGGACAGUCUGGUGAACUUGACCUUCAAGCGCACCGCUCCGGGCUUUGUUGUCGGCAAAGACGGUACUUCAUACUUCGGCACGGAUCCGCAGAACCCCUGGGGCUCUAUGAGCCAUGCCUUCUGGCCUCGUUGCGCCGUGGAGGGAACCAUCACCACCAAGGAACAGAACUUCGACCUCAAGGGUCGCGGCCUGUUCAUCCACGCGCUCCAGGGCAUGAAGCCCCACCACGCGGCUGCGAGAUGGAACUUCCUCAACUUCCAGACCCCUACUUACUCGGCCAUCAUGAUGGAAUACACUACCCCUCCCUCGUACGGAUCCACCGUGGUCAACGUCGGUGGUAUUGUCAAGGACGGAGAGAUCGUCUAUGCUGGUAGCACCAACACUGCCACCCACACGGGAUCGAACCAGGAUGCCGAGAGUGACUGGCCCGAGCCGAGAUCCAUCAAGUGGGUCUGGGAGGGCAAGUCCAACGAUGGCAAGGAGGUUCACGCCGAGGUCGAUGGAGCUCUGGGCAGCCGCCUGGACCGGAUUGACGUGAUGGCCGAGGUCCCGGGCUUCAUCAAGACCAUUGCUGGCAGUGUUGCCGGUACUCGGCCGUACAUCUUCCAGUACUCUCCCCAGGAGAAGCUAUCUUUGAAGCUUAAGAUCGGCGAUGAAGAAAUCACCGAAGAGGGUACUUUGUUCUCCGAGGCGACUUUCAUCUCAUAG